GACCUUACAGCGUUCCUUACCACAUCAGGUCGAUACAACCUUCAUCUUUCACUCCACGACCACUUUUUCGGACAUUUUAUCAAAACAUAUCCCAUGGAACCAGAAGUCGAUAACUGGAUCGAGCAGCUCAGCCAAUGCAAGCAGUUAUCUGAAGCGGACGUCAAAAGGCUCUGUGACAAGACAAGAGAGAUUUUGAUGGACGAGUCGAAUGUGCAGCCUGUGAGGUGCCCCGUCACCGUUUGCGGCGAUAUCCACGGUCAAUUUCACGACCUUUCAGAGCUGUUUCGCAUCGGUGGAAAUUCCCCUGAUACCAACUACCUUUUCAUGGGCGAUUACGUCGACCGAGGAUACUACUCUGUUGAAACUGUGACCUUACUCGUCGCAAUGAAGCUUCGCUAUCGUGACCGGGUGACCAUCCUUCGCGGGAAUCAUGAAUCGAGGCAGAUCACGCAGGUCUACGGCUUCUAUGACGAAUGUCUUCGAAAAUAUGGCAACGCCAAUGUUUGGCGGUUUUUCACUGAUCUCUUCGACUAUCUACCUCUUACUGCUCUCAUCGAUAACCAAAUAUUCUGUCUACACGGCGGUCUGUCGCCCUCAAUCGAUACCCUAGACCAUGUUCGUUCCAUCGACCGGGUACAAGAAGUACCGCACGAGGGACCGAUGUGUGACCUCCUAUGGUCAGACCCUGAUGACCGCUGUGGCUGGGGAAUAUCCCCCCGCGGGGCGGGAUAUACAUUCGGGCAGGAUAUAUCAGAGGCAUUUAAUCAUAAUAAUGGACUGACGCUUGUUGCACGAGCGCAUCAAUUGGUCAUGGAAGGCUAUAGUUGGGGUCAGGACAGGAAUGUGGUGACUAUAUUUAGUGCACCGAACUACUGUUAUAGGUGUGGCAAUCAAGCAGCUAUUAUGGAGAUAGACGAAAAAUUAUCGUACAGCUUCCUACAGUUCGAUCCUGCGCCUAGAGCCGGGGAACCUCUUGUCUCACGACGUGUACCGGAUUAUUUCCUCUGAUAUUAUAUAUACUUUCUACGUGUAAACCCAUCAAUAUUGAGGGAGAAGUUUUCAUUCAACACAUGAACACUGUACAGCAGAAUCCUUCUUUCCAAGCAUUCAUCGUCUUCGGAUCUGUCGUUACCUACAAGUUACUCUGAUAUCGCUAUCUGCUGUCUCUCCUCCCGCUCGUUACUUUCUGCAUCGUUUAUCGUAACGUACGUUGACACGCACAUUUUAUGAUUCUUUUUUCGUUUAUUUGCUAUGGACAGAAAGCUGUGAAAAAAAGUGUUACAAUUAAUAGAUUCACGGGUCAAGAGUACUUGUAUUUGAAUAACAUUUAGUCCUCUGCUCAAGCCACUCAGGGU